CUAAAACCCAUUGAUAAUUAUACUACUUUUGAUACCAAUACAGUAUGCGACAAAAUAAAAGAUCUUUUAUUGGAAAAUUUAGAAGAAUUGGAUACUUAUAGUUAUGACGAACAGUUAGACGAGCUAGAUAAUGAAAAUAGUAAAUAUCAAAGCAAAGAAUUUUUACUCAAACUAAGUAUUAAAACUGAGGAUAAUAUUACGUUACCUGCUAAAUGGUCAACUAUUUUAGCAGAUUCUUGCAAUAAAUUUCAUAAUCAAAUACUUUCUGAUAUUCAAUCCCAACUAAAUAAUAUUGCUAUUACUCAAAAUGAUUAUGUCUUGGCAUAUAAAGUGACAAAAGAAACUGGGGUUGGAACUCAAAUUAUUAAUGAAAGUGAUUUUGAAAGUUUUAUUAAUGAUUAUAAUCAAGCUACUAAUAAAGAAAAGGAAAUGUUUAUUAAUAUUCAAAUACCCGAUGAAUCUAAUAGCAAUGACAAUAAUUCAAAUAAAAAAAAGCCACGAUUAUUUAGUAAAAAACCUAAAGAAUCCUAUCUUGAUGAUGAGAGACAUAUUAUGGCAUCUACUAUUGCACAAAUCUGUAAAAAAUAUUUUUAUGCUAGUUGUGAAGGUUCUUGUUAG